GGCCUUGUUUUUGCCCGCGGUGCCAAAAACAAUACUCUUGUUGAUAACGGUGAAGCUCCUUCUUUACCUUUUCCCUUUGUUUGAGAACCCUAAUCCCGUUAACUCGUAAAAAAACCACAGCUCUUCUCUUUCUCUCAAUUCUCUCAGGUAAUUGCUUUGUUUUUUAUACAACUCUUUUUUCGUGUUUCUUCUGCUUUGUCGCUGCGGAUCCCGAUAACUGUCACCAAGCCAUCUCCGUAAAACAACUAGCAACAAAAUUCACUGUAACAGAUUACAUCCGUUAGCUAUCGAUAUCGAUUAGUUGGUUUAGGUCAAUUUGUGGAAUCUGUAUCUCCUGAAUUGUAAUUUCACCUGCACUUUGCUUUUAGCCCCAAAACGUUGUUAUAGAUUCUCUGUCCCCCACUAAUUUUUAUUGCAUAAUUAUGUUUAAAUUGCAUUCGGCCAAUCUCAUGGCCAUUGUGGGAUAAGGUUUUUGGUUGUUGAAUCUUUAUGAAGCAUGCUGGCUGAAUUAUAAUUAAAUGAAUGUCCUCUGUUGGAUUAUUUUUUUUAGAAACGUAGUUAUGCAGUAUUUUAGUUAAGGAUUCAUGAUGGGAUACCUAAUUGUGAAAUGGGUGUUGUAUUCCAAGGGGCUGCAAACUUUCUGGUUCUUUUUGACAGAUUUUGGGUUAUCGUUUGAAAUGGCAUCGGUAUCCAGUCAACCACAGUUCCGUUACACUCAGCCACCGUCAAAGGUUCUCCAUUUGAGGAACUUGCCAUGGGAGUGCACAGAGGAGGAACUGAUUGAGCUUGGGAAGCCGUUUGGCAAAGUUGUUAACACAAAAUGCAAUGUUGGGGCGAAUAGAAAUCAAGCUUUUAUUGAAUUUGCAGAUUUGAAUCAAGCCAUUGCAAUGAUAUCGUACUAUGCCUCAUCAUCAGAGCCUGCUCAAGUACGUGGGAAAACUGUAUACCUACAAUAUUCAAAUAGGCAAGAAAUAGUGAAUAACAAAACUACUGCAGAUGUUCCCGGGAAUGUAUUGUUGGUAACGAUUGAGGGUGCAGAUGCACGUCUUGUCAGCAUUGAUGUCUUGCACUUGGUUUUUUCAGCCUUUGGAUUUGUGCAUAAGAUUACUACUUUCGAGAAGACAGCAGGAUUUCAGGCACUGGUGCAAUUCUCAGAUGCAGAGACUGCCACCUCUGCGAAGGAUGCUUUGGAUGGAAGAAGCAUACCUAGGUAUCUGCUGCCUGAGCAUGUGGGACCAUGUACCCUUAGGAUCACUUAUUCCGGACAUUCAGAUUUAAGUGUAAAGUUUCAAAGCCACAGGAGCAGAGACUAUACUAAUCCUUACCUUCCUGUUGCUCCAUCAGCUGUCGAGGGAAGUGGACAGGCUAUGGUUGGUUUGGAUGGGAAAAGAUUGGAGACUGAGAGUAAUGUUCUCCUUGCAUCUAUUGAGAACAUGCAAUAUGCUGUAACAUUGGAUGUCUUACACAUGGUUUUCUCUGCUUUUGGCCCUGUCCAAAAAAUUGCAAUGUUCGAUAAGAAUGGUGGUUUGCAGGCUCUGAUUCAGUAUCCAGAUACUCAGACAGCUGUUGUGGCCAAGGAAGCCUUGGAAGGACAUUGCAUAUAUGAUGGGGGUUUUUGCAAGCUUCACCUUUCAUAUUCACGACAUACUGAUCUAAGUAUAAAGGUCAAUAAUGAUAGGAGCAGAGACUAUACCAUUCCUAAUACCCCUAUUGUGAACGCCCAACCCUCAAUUUUCGGGCAACAAUCUGUUUCCAUGAUGGGCCCUUCACAACAACCAUUCUAUGGGUCUCAGGCUGGAUGGGGGACAGCUCCACCAGCAGCGGUUCAGUCUAUGCCAAUGCAGAUGCACAAUAAUGUUUACAUGCCACCUGGAACUAUGCCACAACAAAUGGCCCCUGGAAUGCAAUUUCCUAGUCACAACACAGCACAACCUACAACAACAAUGCCCUCAUAUGGAUCUGAUCGUACUCAAUAGCAUGCAUCUCCUUUGUCUCAAAUAGAUCUAUACAUUGGUUAGCGCUGGCUUAUGCAGAACUGAGGACUGUCAUUUAAAUUAGGGUUCCCAUCUGGUGACAUUGGCCUCUAAUCCAUUUGUUUGACAGUUAUUCUGAACCUCAAAUGGGCCACUUCUCAUCUUUCCCUUAAGUUAUUUUUCAGAUGUUGAAUAUUGAAUAUGGAAGUCUGUAAGCAAUUGGUCCACAACUUUUGAGUGUCUUAACUUUGAAACAAAAUAUUCUGUUUUAGUUUAUUUGUGUUUGAGAAUAUGAUGUAAUCCUGUAUAAUCGAUUUUGUAUGGCCGACAGAACGUAAUAUCAUGUUAUUACCAGCAUCGUCGUUUGGGUUGUGAA